AUGGCUGCUGUGUCCCAGCUGCGAUCACUCAGAGUACUUCACUUUUCGGCCUCACAUCUCUUGAAGGCAUUCUCAAUACGCCUUAGAUAUGAGGAGGAGGAUCGAUCACUCACAUUCCCUGACUCCCUCACAGACUUGUUAAUCUCGACAACUGAUUUUAAAGGUCUGAUUCUGCCUUCUUUCAUUCAAUCAUUGAUCUUGGCAGGCCUCAAGUCAGACAUUGUACCUGGAAUCAUUCCAACUACACUCACAUCACUCAAACUGAACGAGUUUAACAAUAAGAUCGAAGCACACUCGUUGCCCAAUGGCCUUAAGAACCUUGACGUUGGACAUCGCUUCAAUCAAGUUCUGGACAAAGGCUCGCUGCCCAAGUCAAUCACCAAACUCUCACUUGGCAUUUCGUUUAAACAACAAUGUAUUGAUCAACAUCAUCUGGAUAUCUUGCCAGCGUCACUUGUCCAUCUUGAAUUCCUUCUUCAACAUAAACAUCUCGAGAACGUCAUCAUGUUGGAGGAGAUAGAGUCACCACUACCCGCCUCGCUCACAAGUUUGAUUCUUUCUUCAUUCAACUCACCGAUUCGUCCAGGUCUGCUGCCAUCCAACCUCAAGUCACUCAACUUGGGACCUUAUUUCAAUCACCCAAUCUUACCCGGGUCAUUGCCCGAAGCCCUAACCUCAAUCACAUUGGGCAAUAGAUUCGAUCGACCAAUCAAACUAGGAGUACUCCCAAACUCACUUAAAAGACUUCUGUUUGGCAAUUCGUUCAAUCAUAUGCUGACAGUCGAUGUGUUUCCCAACUCCCUUGAGAGUCUAUUCUUUGGCCUCAACUUUGAUAAACUAAUCAAGCCAGGUGUAUUACCCCAAGGUAUCACAUCACUGCACUUUGGAUACUACUUUGGAACCCAACUUGUAACAUCGUAUGAUGUCCUCCCAUCAUCGCUAACUACCUUGGAUAUAUGUCAAUACUUGGACAAUGCUAAGCUGCCCGAGUCAAUCACCAAGCUUGUGAUCAGGAGGUCGUUCAAGCAUCAGUUACACGGACACCUGCCCAAUCUCACUCAUCUCACAUUGCCAUCAUUAGAUGAUUACCUAAUGUCCAACAUUAAUACCAGAUUACAAUUGGAAGUGGUGGACCUCAGGGGUGAUGAAAUACCAUUGAAGAGGUUGAAGAAGGAUGGAAUCAAAAUGAGUAGACCUCCAAUACUAAUCAAAAUGAACAAGUACAAGAACAAGUGCAAGAACAAAUACAAGAUGAACAAGUACAAGAACAAGUUCAAGAACCAGAAGUACAAGAAGAAGUAG